AAAGUCCAUGGGAGCCGGAGCGCUGGGACGCCGGAGCACUUCCUGCCGCGGGCGGCGCGCCGCAGCUGCCCAGGCCGGACCGGGCCGGGCGCCCGCAGAUGUGCCCCAUUCGGGCUGCCCCGCGUUGAGAGUCUGAGGCCCCCCCCCUCCAGAGCCCGCCAUGUCUCAGACGCUGCACAUCGAGAUUCCCAACUUCGGGAACACUGUGCUCGGCUGCCUUAAUGAGCAGCGGUUGCUGGGCCUCUACUGUGAUGUGUCCAUCGUGGUCAAGGGCCAGGCCUUCAAGGCCCACCGGGCUGUCCUGGCCGCCAGCAGCCUAUACUUCCGAGACCUGUUCAGUGGCAACAGCAAGAGCGCCUUCGAGCUGCCCGGAUCUGUGCCGCCUGCCUGCUUCCAGCAGAUCCUGUCCUUCUGCUACACGGGCAGGCUGACCAUGACGGCCAGCGAGCAGCUCGUGGUCAUGUACACAGCCGGCUUCCUGCAGAUCCAGCACAUCAUCGAGCGUGGCACCGACCUCAUGUUCAAGGUGAGCUCGCCCCACUGCGACUCACAGACCGCCGUGAUUGAGGAAACCAGCUCUGCGCCCCAGAGCCCCUGCAACCAGCUGCAGCCCACUGCUGCCACCCCCUAUGCGGCGUCCCCAUCCAUGCCCCUCCCGCUGCUGGCCCGUGUCAAGCAUGAAGCUGUGGAGCUGCCACCGGCUGCUGGCCUGGGCUUAGCCCCCAAGCGCCCGCUGGAGACGGGCCCUCGGGACGGUGUGGCCACUGGGGCCGCGGUGGCGGCAGGUGUGGCCCCUCUCAAACUGCCUCGUGUCUCCUACUAUGGGGUACCUGGCCUGGCCACCCUCAUCCCUGGCAUGCAGCAGGCUCCCUACCCCCAGGGGGAGCGGGCCAGCCCGGGGGCCAGCAGCCUGCCUGCCACCGACAGCCCCACCUCGUACCACAACGAGGAGGACGAGGAGGACGAUGAAGCGUAUGACACCAUGGUGGAGGAGCAGUAUGGCCAGGUGUACAUCAAGGCCUCAGGCAGCUACGCAGUGCAAGAGAAACCGGAGCCGGUGCCGCUGGAGAGCCGUUCCUGCGUCCUUAUCCGCCGCGACCUGGUGGCCCUGCCUGCCAGCCUCAUCAGCCAGAUCGGAUACCGCUGCCACCCCAAGCUCUACUCGGAGGGGGACCCUGGUGAGAAGCUGGAGCUGGUGGCAGGCUCUGGUGUCUACAUCACACGUGGACAGCUGAUGAACUGUCACCUCUGUGCAGGGGUGAAGCACAAGGUCCUACUUCGGAGACUCCUGGCUACCUUCUUUGACAGGAACACACUUGCCAACAGCUGCGGCACCGGCAUCCGAUCAUCCACCAGCGACCCCAGCCGCAAGCCACUGGACAGCCGAGUCCUGAACGCUGUGAAAUUAUACUGUCAGAACUUCGCCCCCAGCUUCAAGGAGAGUGAGAUGAACGUGAUUGCUGCAGACAUGUGUACCAACGCCCGCCGGGUCCGCAAGCGCUGGCUGCCCAAGAUCAAGUCGAUGCUGCCGGAAGGCGUGGAGAUGUACCGCACAGUCAUGGGGGCCUCAGCUGCCAGUGUGCCCCUCGACGCCGAGUUCCCACCCACUGCAGCACAGGUGUUCGAGCAACGGAUCUAUGCUGAGCGGCGCAGCGACGCCGCCACCAUCGUGGCGCUGAGAACUGACGCCAUGAAUGUCGACCUGAGUGCCACCAACCCUGCCUUCGAGGCUGGAGAGGAGGUAGAUGGGGCCGGCUCAGUCAUCCAGGAGGUAGCAGCCCCUGAGCCGCUGCCCGCUGAUGGCCAGAGCCCCCACCAGCCCUUUGAGCAGGGCAGCACCAGCUCCAGCAGGCCCCAGACACCCGUGGCCACAGCCAGGAGGCCUGAGGGCACCUACGCGGGGACUUUGUAAGGGACCAGCGCCUCCUGAGGGACAGAGCACCAGAGCUGCUUGCAUGCAUUACUAAUACAGCAAUGUGAUCGAGCCACUUACCUACUGAACUGCUACUGUUGCCUGAGAAAAAUGUGAUUUUUAUUCUGCUUGUAUUUAAAAUCGAUGAAGGAAACAAAUGCAUUCAUUAUACUGUAAACAGUUAGGCCUUGGGGACCUCACUGCAAGAAAGGUCCCAGGGUUCCCUUUUGAUAUUCAGGAGGUUAAUCUCCAAGUUGUAGCUUCCCCCUCCUUGGGGAGGGGGCAAGAGGCCACCAGGCCCCUGGUGCCCACCCCGCCCCUCCCUCACCUACCCCAGAAGCCAGAGCUGGGGCCAGCGGUGGCCAUAGGCUGGGGAGUGCGUUCUGUGACACCCCGCUCCUUGCCUGUGGGCCCUCUUUGGGGGAUGGGUGAGGCUGGGUCCCCAGGGACUCAAACUCCUUGAUUUUCCCUCUCCUUGAGAGUCGGGGGCCAAGCCCGCAGAGCUCCCCUCCUGUGUGGGGCUCAUGUGCAGGGAGCCGUGGUGGGGCUGCGGCUAUGGCCACUCACUCUCAGGGCAGACAGUGUGCACCGACAGCCCCCCAUGCACUGUUCUUGCUCUGCUGGACCCCUCUCAGCUCUGCGGCCUCUCAGCCACUGGCCCCCCACCAUGGAAGUGUGCAGCUGACAUGGCCCACCACCCGCCGCCUCCUUAGCCACCGCGGGGUUAUGCUUCUCUGUCUUUCUGUUCUUGUAAUUUAGACCUCUUUCAUAUAUGGUUUAGAAACUGUCAGACCCAAUAGAGCAAAAAAUUGCAGAGGGUUGGGUGUCCCUGUGCCCAGCCCACUGUGGCUGGGGGUGGUCAUUUCCGGCAGUCUGGGUGCCUGCCUGGGUCAGGGUUCACUCAUCUCCCAAUGGGAGCAGAGGGGGUCCUGGGGAAGUGCAGCCAGGACAUGUGGGGCUAGCUGGGAACAGGCUGCCAGGGCUAGCCAGAGUGCAAGCAGGCCCCCAUGCCAUGUGCCUCUGAGGGUGCCUGGCCCUCAGGUGGGUGGCAGGUACAGGCCUAAGACGGUGUGGUCUGCAGGUGUGGACGCUGGAAGGGGACCAGGGCUUCAGGGAUGCACGGGGCGGGGAGAGGGGUCAGUGCAGCAGGGCCUAUGGAGGACGAGCCUGCUGAGGCCAGAGCACUCACUUUGAAGCUUGAUUGUUUCCUAAGUGGUGAGGGUCGCACGGUAGUGGGACAUGCUGGUGUAGCCAUUUGCCUAGGUGCCUUUGUCCUCCUGCCUUUAGUGACACAGGCAGCUCUCCAGGUGUGGCCAGAGGACCCCCUCACCCAGCAGCAGGUCUGCUGCUCCCUUCUGCCCAUCUGCCCGCCUGGCACUUGACCCCCUACUUUGUGAGUGGGACAAGGGUGGCUGUGGCCCAUUCCCCUCCCUGUGCACAAGGUGGAUAGGUGAGGCUGAGCGUACCCCCCAAGACCUGUGGAGCCCCAUAGUGGGAGGCCCUGUGCUGUGCCCUGGUGUGGGAACAGCUUUCCCAGUGGGCUCCUCACCCCUGCUGAUGCUGCCCUCCCUGUGUGGAGAGGCCUAGGGGGUCCUCUGUGGGGGCCUCCUCCUGAGUCUGUACUCAGCCUCCUGGGCCUCCCACCAGGCCAAGCAUGUGCCUGCCCUCCAGAGAGAUGUGGUGCCUUUACAAAGGGGGGACCAUGGGCAGGCACUGUGUGGGCAGCCUCAGCCCCCACCUGUCCCUUGGGGCCUGUGCUCCUGGGGCAAAGGGCCCAGAGGUGGGCCUCUCCCUGCUUCUUCCUCCCCUGUCAUGGGCCCAGGUGGGGAUGGGGCCCACUGGGGACCAGGACCAAACCUUCCUAGGCACUGGGAGGAGGUCAUGGAGUAGGGAGGAGUUGGUAGAUGAGAGCUGGGGCUGCACCCUGGUCCCCUCUGGAGUUUCCCUUCAUUGCUGCCCCCACCCAAAUUUGCACUUCAAUUUGAGCAUCACUGGGGACCUGUGGGAGACGGGCCUGCCUGUUCUGGCUGUUGACACGAGGGUCGUCUCUCCGCCUCCAUGCAAAGUGGGCACCCCCACUAGAGGGUGCAGCCAGCCCCUGCGGGAGGCAGUGGCUGCACAGAGGAUGCCUGACCGCCACUCAGGCUAGCACAAUGUCCCGUGACCUCUGUUCCUUAAUUGUUUAUAAUCGCCGUCUGUUUUGUUGUUCUGGGUAAGGAAGGCAAGAGCUAUAGGUAAGACUUAAUAAUAAUAAUUUAAUGUGAAUGGGUCCUGAGCUCUCCCUGUGCCCCAGGUGGGCCAGGCUGAGCGUUUUGCACUAAUGUAUCCCGCGGUGGCAGCUGUGGGUCAGGAGUGAGCGUUUGCGGCUGACGAUUGUACCUGCUGGGGUGCUCCCUCCGUACCCCGGAUGCCCCGCGGGGCAGUGGUGGGCCUGGGCUCGGGGGGCCUUCCAGAGUGCCUUAGCAUCUUUUGAUCAUUUUUCCCAAGGAAAAUCAAUUAAGACAACCAGACCCUCCCUCCUCCUCUGUUUACAAGAUGAAUAAUUCCAGAAUCCGGGGCUGUCCUGUCCUGCAAGCCUGACCCUGACUCCUCCAGACCCUGUAGGCAAGAGAGCACCCGUCAGUAUUUCUGCAUCUGCACCACUGCCCCUAGGCCUGACCAUUAGCAAUACGCAUACACUACACAGUCUCUCAGAGCUGAGUUCUAUCUGCACCUUUUCGAGGAGGACAGGGGGACUAGACCACAUUGGAGCUGCAGGGGUGAUGAGUGGCCGGCCUGGGAUCCAGACCCCACCCCACCCUCUCCAGCUCUGCCCUUGGCUGCCCUCCCUGAGGAAACAGGCCACAGAGGCAGCUGGCAGAGAGCAAAGGUCCACAGAAGCACUGGGAGUUGGGACAGAUACUGUGAGCCUGGCGGGCCCGACCGGCCGGCGUCCUCGGCACUUGAAUUCUGUCUGUGUUCCGCACUACGUCUGCGCCAGAGCUGUCCUUGCUUCAGUCUGUGUUUGGUUUUGUUGUCUUUGCCCUGAAUGUGGAUGGAGCUGUGAAUGACAGGCAAGCAGACCCUGCCCAGGUGUCAUGAUGUUGGGGACUGCAGGGGGCUGUCUUAUUUCUCCAUGAAAACUCAUUCUUUGGUGUUUGUGUUUAGAGCUGGAAGAAAGUAGAGGUGGGUGGUGGAGACUGAGGGUUGGCCCACAGGGCUGGUCCCCUCUGAGGGGACAAGGGGACUCUGGCGUGUCUGGCCCUAACCUGUCCGCAUUCAAUAGCCCUCACUUGGGCACAGGCCCAGUGUGCCCCCCCCCCCAGUCAUUUCCUGCUUGGGUUCCCCUCAGAUGAGUUAUUUUUAUGGAAACGUCUUUGCUGCAAGUGGGAAUGGCCUAUGGCCCAUUAACCAACUGAAAACUCGGAGAAAAGCUCUGUUUGCCUCUGCAGUAAAUCCUGAACGCAGAACUGGGAGUUCAUAGCUGUCUUCGGCUUUAACUACUGUUUCAGAAUGUUGCUGCUGCAUAAAUUUGUCAUUAUGUCAGCCAGCCGGCUGUGUGCGUGUGAGUGUGUAUGUGUGUGUGUGUGAGAGAGAGAGAGACCUCCCUGGAGCACUUAGGGCUUGGUACAAGAUGUUCCUAAAAUGACAGAGGUUUUUGUUUGUUUGUUUGUUUGUUUUGUUUGUUUUGUUUGUGGGGGGGAAGGAGAAUUAUGCAGAAUCUAAAGCAUUCAGAGUGGACAACCUGCUUCUAUCCUGAUCAGUCGCUUCCAUUGUCAGCAUUUUGCACAUGAUUGUGAUUUUUAUGUCAAAAGAAGCCAAAACUUGCAAUACUAUUUUUAGCAGACAAAAAAAAAAAACCUAAGUAUAAAAUGUAUAAAUAUUUUUGACUUGAACAUUUGGAUGCACUGGGUGCAAACAGAACAUUCAUCCUUUGGACGGAAUGUUUGGGAAGAAGAGACUUUACAGAGGAGACGGUUUGAGAGAGUCUGUUAGGGGUUAAAGUAGUACUGUAACUCACGACUGUUAAAAAUAAGUAAAAUAAACUGUCCCUGUGCUCUAAAGCAAGGUUUCACAGCACCACUGAGUUAGAUUUCAGCCACAGAAGAUGCGAGCUUUUUUUGUUGGUUUUUUUCCAGGGCGGAAGCCUUAGUCUCUGUCCUCCCGCACCCUCACUCCUUCGAGCUGUUACUCGGUAGCUUCCAGACUGUUACUUUUUAGCCAUGGCUGACACUGUAUCAAUAGCUAAAACAGAAACAUCUGCGCGACCAGGGAAACCGAGGGCUUCCAGCGUGCUCAGAGCCGCGUCACAGAGUGGGACUCUAUCACACAGGAUGUGACAUUAAUUGUAAAGCGCUUUGUAAAAUUCACAUUUACAAAAUAAUAAAGUCAGUUCAAACCUAA